AUGGACGGCCAAUUCACAAAAGAUCCCAUUUUGACGACCCCGGCACGCUCAAAAGCACGAAAGGGCAUAUCAACCCGCAAGAAAUCUUGUCGAAAAUGUGUCAUAUCUAAGCUUCGGUGUGAUCUUGCCAAACCAAAAUGCAACAGGUGCGCCGCCCGGGGCAAUGUUUGCGAAUACCCAUUCGAUCAACCUGGACCUAUAAAUGCCAACGCAGGGGGAAAUGCACACAUCGUUGGAAGAUCAUCACGAGCCGGAAGCCUUUCGGACCAAGCUGUUCCCAGCACACGUCACUCAACCCGGUCACGGCCCACAGCCGAAUCAUACACACCAGCCCAAACUAGCAUACCCCAAUCACCUUCCAAUCUAUCUUUAGUUCCGAAAUCUGAUUUGCUUCCCAUGGUUGCCGCGGAUGAGAUUCGUGAUCGUUGGUUACGCCCCUAUAUUUCAGCGUCAACGGGCCAAGAGCCCAAACAGUUGAAUCCUCACACCAUACAAUACCUCACAUGCGUGUUGAAGUCGUAUCUGAGAAAUUUUGCGAGCUCAGUGGCUCCGCCGUUUGUCCAUCAUUUACAGUUGACACACCAUCCGUCGCCGGUUCUUUCUUACUGUUGUGCCAAUAUCCGAACGUGGCUUGGAAAAGGUUCCGAGUAUGAGGUCUUCAUUCUCAGCACAAUGAGGGAGGAGAUGGAGAAGAUCCAGACCCAGAUUUACUUCGAGUCUGACUAUGAUACAUUGUGUGCCUUCCAAGCCUACCUUCUCUAUGCUAUGGCGUUGCACUUAUUCCCCAUGAUAAACAGCGCCGAGGAUUCGCUCCCACCAGACUCCGAUUUUCUGAUCAAGAUGCAGGAGAUUGCAUUCAAAUCCGCCAAAGCAGGCCUAAGCACCACUGCAGAGCAAUCUGAUACCCGCCCAGCUUGGGAAUCCUGGAUAUUAACUUCCUCCAAGCGCCGAACGCUGUUUGUCAUGUACAUUUUCACCAAUGUUUACAACAGUCACAUGAAGCUUCCUAACUUUGUGGCCGAAGAAAUUCGGGAUGUGGUUGUCCCGGAAAGCAAAGUACUAUGGGCAGCCCAUGACCGCACGGAUUGGGAGAAGCAGUAUAAUCACCACCUAUCUGACUGGCCAGAUGGGAUGCUGCAGAUAUCUGAGCUUUGGAAAUCUGCUGAGACUGGUACACCCGCUCGUCGCGAGCGGAUAGAGCGGUGGUUAAAAUCUGCGGAUGAGUUUGGCAUCAUGCUUUUUUCAACUUGUGCACACAUUCAUGGGUGCUGA